AUGACUCAGCAGCAGCAGCAGCAGCAGCAACGGCAGCAGCAACAGCAGCAACCGGCACCGGCACCACAACAUGAGCAGCAGCAGCAAGGCAGCUACAGCUGCUUCCUCUAUGAAGCUGCAGCAAAUCUACAGAGCGCUGCUAGCGUAUCAGAGAUACCCGGGGUCUUAGGGGCAGCAGCCGCUGCGCUGCGGCAGCUGCAGCAGCAGCAGCAGCAGCAGCAGCAGUUUGCUCAGGACAGAGCAGUCCUGCAUGCAGCCUCUAGCCUUGCUGCUGCAGCGUUUCGUGCUUGUCUAAGAAGUUUGCAGCAGCAGCACCCCUCAGUAGCUGCAGCAGAAGGCACAGCAGCAGCAGCAGCAGCACAACUAGCAGGAGCGGUUCACCAGCAGCAGCAGCACCCGCUGCACUUAGGGAGUCUCCUCUGCUGCAGCACAUGUUCUAACAACAACAACAACAGUAGCAGCAGCAGCAGCUGUUUGCUGCUGUGUGGGCUGCUCUUUAGAAACCUCAUAGAUCUCUGCGGCUUCCAGCUGCUGCAGCCCCUGCUGCAGCUGCUGCUGCCUCCUAUAGAGGGGCUUGUAGCAGCAGCAGCAGCUGCAGCAGGAGCAGCAGCAACGGCAACAGGAGCAGUAGGAGCCGCAACACCAACGGGCGUAGCAGCAGCACCAGCUGCAGAAGUAGCUGCAACAGCAGCUAGUUUGCUGCUGCUAUUGAGUGCAACAAGCAGUACCUGGUUGCUGCUGCUGCUGCGCGAUGGUGCAGCAGUCACGCGCCUGGGACAGCUGCUGUGCUGUUGUCUGCAGCAGCUUCGGCUUCAGCAGGAGCAGCAGCAAAAAGCAGCAGCAGCAGCUGCUGCUGCUGCUGCAUCCACGUGCACCUGCGCUUGCGACAGCGCGCAUCCGUUGCAGCAGCAGCAGCAGAAGCAGCAGCAACAGCAGCAGCAGCAGCAUUUGAGCUGUGCUGGCUCUAUUGCGGAGUUCUUAAUGCGGGAAACUGCUGCUGCGUGCAGCAGCAGCAGCACUAGUAGUAGUAGUAGUGGCUGCAGCAGCAGCAGCAGUAGCAGCAGGAGCACUGCAGCAGAGACAACAGCAGCAGAGGUUUCCCUGCUGUAUGUGCGGGGCUGUUUGCUCUCUGUUCUGCAUGCUCUUUUGCUGCUGUCUUGCAGCAGCCUAGAGCAGCAGCAGCAGCUGCUGCAGCAGCAGCAGCAGCGGCUGCUGCAGCAAGUUGAAAGGGUAGCAUCGUACAGCUGCUGCCCCACCGAGGAGGACCUGCAGCAGCUGCAGCAACAGGUGCAGCAGCUGCAGCAGAAGCAGCACCAACAGCAGCAGCAGCAAUAUCUGCUAUGGAAGGCUGUUCCUGCUGCAGAACUCCACCGCUGCAUCGUUGCUGCAGCAGGCAGCAGCAGCAGCAGCAGCAGCAGCAGUGGCUGCUGCUCGCCUUUCUUGUCUCCGUCUGAGCUGCUGCUCUCCGAGGCUGCCACCAGCACGCUCCAUCAGCAGCUGCAGCGGCAGCAGCAACAGAAGCAGCAGCGGCAGCAGCAACAGACACAACUGCAGCAGCAUCAGCAAGGAAAACAGCAGCAGCAGCAGCAGCAACAGUUGCAGCUGCUGGGGUUUGGGCUCUGGCAGCACUUACGUACGGCUGUUGACUCAAUUUCCGCUGUGCUGCAGCAGCAGCAGCAGUUGCAGUGGGGGGGAACUGCAACGGCAGCAGCAGCAGCAGCAGAAGCAGCAGCAACUGCAUCAGUCGUGCUGCAACAGCAGCUGCAGGAAGACCGCCGUUCCUCCGGGUGUAUAGGCAGCUGUCAUUGUCCUGCGCCCCUCUCAUUAGGUUUACCAGCAGCAGCAGCAGCAGGAUCGACGACAGCAGCAACAGCAGCAGGAGCAGCAGCAAAUGGACCUGCGCAGCUCCACAAAAUCUCCUGCUGCUGCUGCUCGCCGCUGCUGCAGUCUGCGUGGGGGCUGCUGCGGCUCUGGGAGGAGUUGAGGGGGCGGCAGCAGCAGCAAAAGAGGCAGCAGCAGCAGCUGCAGCAGCAUCAGCUGCUGCUGCUGAAGCUCCAGCCCAGCAGCCAGACCAGCAGCAGCAACAUCAGCUGCAGCAGCAGCAACAGCAGCAGCAGCAGCAGCAAAUCCGUCGAUUUAGAAGGGCCUUACUGCUCCCUUAUGUCAGUUUCCUACAGCAGGAUUAGUGUUGCUGCUGAACAGCUGCAGCACCAAUAUGCAGCAGCAGCAGCAGCAGACGCCGAGUGCAGCAUCAGCAGCAGCAGCUGCAGCAGCAGAUUUUUGCUGCUGCGGGUUGCUGCUGCUCGCUAUCAUCUCUGUGCCGAGUUGAGUGCAGCAACGUGCAGCCUGCAGUUGCUUCCGCAGCAAGCAGCAGCAGCAGCAGCAGAAGCAGGUCGUGCAGUUGUUUUGCUGCAGCGGUAUAUUAAGCCAGCAGUGAUGCACGGUGUGGAGUCCCUCAGCAGCACUCAAACGAGUUGCUGCUGUUCUGCUGCUGCUGCUGCUUCACUGCAUGCAGCGUGCUGCUUGCUUGCUGCUGCAGCAGAGUUUAUCUCCGCCUUGCUGCUGCAUGCAGCAGUAGGGCCCCGCGCUGCUCUGCUGCUGCUGCGCUCGCUCGGGCUGCAGCAGCUACACUCCAGACACUCGCAGCAACAGCAACAGCAACAGCAGCAGCAGCAGCAGCAGCAGCUCUCCUUGCCUAGCAGCACCACGAAUUGCAUCGUGGAAGAGGCCCUGGAUGCUCCUCAGCGCAGCAGCAACUCAGCAACAACAGCAGCAGCAGCAGCAGUGGCUGCUGCGGCAUACCCUGCUGCUUCUGCUGCUGCUACUGCUGCUGGAAGUGCAUGCUUUAGCUGCUGCAUGUUCUAUGGUGGCUGCCUUCUUCUUCAGGACUCAAAAGUCAGGCGAGACGUUGCUGCUGCAGCUGCCGCGUUUGCUGCUGCAUGCGGUCGUAUGCACCGCAGCAGCAGCAGCAGCAGCAGCAGCAGCCUAACAGCAGCAGCAGCAGCAGACUUUGUGGUCUCUCUGAGACACCGUUGGGUGCUGCUGGUUUCUUCGCUGCUGCGCCGCCUGCAGCUGCUGCGAGAUGAAUCCAGCAGCAUAAGCUGCAGCAGUAGCAGCAGCAGCAGAAGCAGCAGCAGGAAAUGCAGCAGCAGCAGCCGCUCGGACGGCACCAGCAGCAAUGGGUGCAGCAGCACCAACGACAGCCGCAGCAGCUGCGGUGGGAGCAGCAACAGCAACAGCAGAAACAGCAGCACCUGCAGCAGGAGCACAAGCCGAAGCAGCAGCAGCAACAGCAUCACAAGUAGCAGCAGCAGCAGCAACAGCAUCACAAGUAGCAGCAGCAGCAGCAAACAAGACAGAGACCAAUGGCUUAGCUGGCAGCAGAGCAAAACCCCUGAAUUUUGGAGGCGAAGACAAUGCGAGACAGAGUGA